AUGGCUCCGCGUCCCGGUCGCGGACAUCGGUCCCUCGUCUCCAGCAAAGGCGUCGCGGACGACGUGCUCGCCAACUCGAUCACUAUCCUCGAGGCCCUCAAGGAUGCUGCAAGCGCCGUUGGUGCCGUCCCCUUCCUCGGCGGCAUCGUCGCCACCGCACUCGGAAUCGCGAAGCCGUCGAGCAAUCGAGAGCGAACACAGACGCAAGAAGACUCUAGGCUCGAACAGGGGGACAUCAGCACGGACAUGCAGGUCAUCCUGCUGGAGCUACACGGCGCUCUGGUGACGAUACAAGACGAAGUGAAGAAAGAGCUGGAGAGGGGGCGCAUCUACCGUUUCCUUCGACGGGCAAGGCUUCGCGGGAAGGCGCAGGAAUGCCUACAGAUGCUGGACGAUGCUUGGCGCUCGUUCGACAGCGCGAUCCUGGUCCGACUCGAGCGCCAGCUCGAAUCGCAAGCUACAUUCGAACCCGUUUCCUUGCUACCAUACGUGCCGUUGACAGCGAUCCAGCCCGCAGAAGACCGUAGGAUGAUGCCGUACAGAACGAGGACCCACGGCGGCGUUCAGUACAGCGGUAUAUGGGGCACUCGUCCGGUGACGGUGCGCAAGUAUCACCACAAGCUCCAGGGUAACGUGUUUGAAAGCAUUCAAAUGCACUCUGAGAACCACCAGGAGUCUCACGAAACCUUCAGCAAUGUGAUUGCUAUGGCUUACCCUCGCGCCGGAACCCAAUUCUAUGUCCUCGACGGUGUACGAAGAUCUAUAUUGACAGACUUCGACAGCAAGGACCCCGUGAUUUGGGCUCAGAAGUUUUAUCAGCAUGCCCACAGAGACCCUAGGCACCACUUCCUUCCCGAGGCUCCAGUUAUUCACAACACGGCGCUCACUUUCGAUGCUCUGGUACAGGCGCGCGACGACCAUGCCUUUCGUUCCAAUUCCUCUCGUCUCUGGGAUUUCCUCGCUGGCAGACAUAUACCGUUGCACAGCCUAGAGAUCCCUGAUAACGAUGCCAAGCUGGGAGACUAUGGCUACAUUACAAAUCACCCCGACGGUUCCCGUUUCACGUACCUCGGCAAUAUCGGUUCGGAUGUCUUCAAAUCCUCAGUCGAUAUGGCGCAUGCAGAGCGUUGGAUUUGUCGCGACAUGCGUCCUCCCCCGUACGAGAUCACCACUUGGUCAGACAACGCAGUCCAGAGGUCAGGAUUGCUCAGCCAUUUGCUUAACGCUCUAUCGUUUUAA